UUUUUUCAAAAAGUGAAACCGUACGUUGAGCAUCGUGUCGGGCUUGGUUUUUAAAAUAAUCAUAUUUAAUACAUAUUCAAAGUCAACAAGGGAAAAUUACUGAACUGCCUAGACCUGAUUAACCAGGUAAUGAAUAUAAAAUUAAUUUCUUACGAUGUAAACAUUACAUACGUCAUAAACUCGAGCUUAACCGUUUAAUGCCGAGAUUAGCCAAAUUCGAAGUUAAUGUGUAACGGCCGUAACAUUUAAGUUUGAGAAUAAAAUUAAUAUCGACAGAACUGCCUCAACUUUGUUAAAUGAUGGCAACGUAGCAUUCUUCCAGAUUUUGUCUUUAAUUAACCUGUGAAUUAAUCACGAGUUAACCUAACAUUUUCACUAAUUCCAGUGUCAAUCUUUACUCAAAAAUUUAUCAUUUCCAAUUUUCUUAAUUUGACCAGUUUGCCUCACAAAAUCGGAAGUGAAUCAAUACAAUUAUAUAAACAGAGGUGAUCGCGGAACUCACUGCAUUGGGAAGAGUGAACCUCAAUAUCACCAUCAUUUCUAUGGUAAAACAACAGCCGUAGAACAUUCCAGAAAUUCAGUGUACCUACUGUUAAUUAUUUACCAUUUCUCCUUCUGGUUUAAUUCACCAGAUAAUGUUUCAUUUAUAUCAAGUUGCACUCUGGUUAUAUUAUUGAAAAUGUAUGCUUGGGGAAGUACAAUUAAUGGAGAAUUGGGGCUCGGUGGCAUUGAAGAUGAACAUAUCCUGACACCAAGACUAUUAGAUUGGUACUUGGCCAACAAAGUUGUAGAAUGUGCCCUGGGUGACAAUCAUACACUUUUUCUAACUAAUGAAGGGCAAGUUUAUUCUUGCGGCAACAAUGAUUACGGCCAGUUGGGACAUGACCAACCCCGAAAAAGGCCACAACCUGUUACUGGAUUGGAUGCAUACAACAUAGUUCGGGUGGCAUGUGGAGCCACUCAUUCCACAGCUCUAAAUCAAUGGGGUCAAGUUUUCUCAUGGGGUUCUGAUUAUCAUGGGCAACUCGGCCAACAGUUAGGUGAAAAUAUACAACCAGUUCCCAAGAUAGUUAAAGCUCUUGCCUCUCAGCAUGUCAUUCAGUUGGUUUGUGGACAAAGACACACUGUAGCCUUGACAAAUAAUGGCGAUAUACUAGCUUGGGGUGCAAACAAUUUUGGUCAGCUUGGCAUAGGAUUGUUUUCAUCAUCUGAAACCACACCCAAACUCGUAGCCUCAUUAAGGGGUAUUCCAAUCGUAUUCAUAACAUGUGGCGCAAAUCACACCUUUGCCAUUUCCAAAUCUGGAGCCGUUUAUGGUUGGGGAAAGAAUACUCGAGGUCAAUUGGGAGUCAAUGAUACGGAAAAUAAAAUGUUUCCUACCCAACUGAGAACAAUGAGAAACUUGAGGGUCAGAUAUAUUGCUUGCGGUGAGGAAUUUUCUGCCUUCCUCACACUAGAUGGUGGCGUAUUUACUUGCGGUGCGGGAAUGUAUGGACAGCUUGGGCAUGGUAGUAAUUCAAAUGAGAUUUUACCGAGACAGGUAAUAGAGUUAAUGGGCUCUACCAUUACGCAAGUGGGUUGCGGCAGACAACAUUGUUUAGCUUUGGUGCCUUCUCGAGGACGAGUGUACAGUUUUGGUAUAGGUGGUUCUGGCCAGUUAGGAGUAAGGAAAACCAAUAGUGCCUAUACACCUCAGGCAGUUUUAGGUCCGUGGGUAUCGCCUGGGGGAAGCUCUCUGAUACCUAGUGACAAUGAAAAUGGCCCUAAUCUAGUCAUACGUAGAUUGUUUGCAGGCGGAGAUCACUGCUUCGUAUCCGUAGUUCCCCAACAGCAGAAAUUACCUCCUUACGAUUGUAGAGACUACGAUCCCCAAAUGCAAAUCCUUUCAAUCACAAACAGUUACAUUAAAACUCUUUUAAGGAUACCCACAAAACGGUCGGUUGAUCAAGAAGUGAUAAGUUUCAUCGAAACUGCUUUUAAGAGUUUAGCUUGUUUGAAUGGAUCAUUUUUGCUGGAGGAUGACAGACAUUAUUAUUGUACCAGUAAACACCACGGUGUUGAUAUGUCUGUUGCGGAAAGCACUUUUGACAUUAUAGGCAAAGUUGAGAACGAGUCGAUUCAGAAUUUGAUUUUUACCGGGAUUACCGAUUACAUUCUCAAUGAACUGACCCCAAACCCGCCAGAUGUCGAAUCACUUAGAGUUUAUCUAAUAUUACCCCUCUAUCACGAAUUUAAUAAUACUAAACAGUAUGCAAAACUGCAAAAACCUUUCGCCACGCAAGUUUUGCGUUUAAAACAGCCAGCAAAUAAGGUGGUAGGAGGGUGGUGGAGUAUGAUGACGGCGGACUACUUCGAGAAAUUAAUUAACAUUUUCAAAAAUGUUGCAAGUCACAUUUUGAGGAAUCAGAACAUACCACAGGGCAGGACUGUGUUUUAUGACUCUGCUUUAGUAGCAAUGUUAGACAUAAUGGUUUUUUUGAAUAAACUUAAUCACAACAUAGACGGUCUGAAAGUGCCUUAUGAUAUUUUUCAUAUGAACGAAUUACAUGACUACUUGGAUGUCCGAUUUGACUAUGUUUUAUGGCUGUCAGAUAACGAUUCUGGAAAAUUAUAUUUAUGCAACUAUCCAUUCCUUUUUGAUGCUCACGCUAAACUGAAAUUGUUAGAAACCGAUCAGUCCUUGCAGAUGCAAAAUGCCAUGCAGAAUGCAGCGCAGCAAGCUGCAUUUGCUGCGUUGUUCAGUCCAACACAAAUGGUUGCUUUGAAUCAAUUUCUUGUUUUAAAUGUUACUAGAGACCAUAUUAUCGAAGAUACAUUGAGAGAGUUGCGCGCUGUCAAUCCGAGCGAUUUGAAGAAACCAUUAAAGGUAUGAUUUGUGGAUUGGCCAUUUAUAACUUCACAAUAAUAGAUGUUCCAUUUCCUCUUGCGCUAUACAAAAAGUUGCUCAAUGAAGUAGUUGGACUCAGUGAUCUCAAAGAGUUAUCGCCAUUGAUGGCGAAUUCGUUGAAAGCGUUACUAGAAUAUCAGAAUGACGACCUUCAGGAUAUAUUUUGCCUUUCAUUUGAUAUCAAUAGGGAUAUUUGGGGAGAAAUUGUAACAGUUGAGUUAAAACCCAACGGUUCAAAUAUACCUGUGACGCAAGACAAUAAACAAGAGUAUGUUACAUUAUAUGUAGACUAUAUAUUCAGAAAAUCGGUCGAAAAUCAGUACAACGCAUUUCAUGAAGGUUUUAUGAAAGUUUGUGGAGGCCGGGUUUUGCUACUAUUUCAUUCUCAAGAACUGAUGGCCAUUGUGGUUGGAAAUGAGAAUUAUGAUUGGCACGCCCUAGAAGAAGCAGCAGAGUAUAAAAAUGGAUAUAAGUCUUCUGAUCCAACAAUAAG